AUGGCGGACCGUGGACGAGGUAGAGGAGGUGGCGGUGCCCCACGGGGAGACUUCCGUGGUCGUGGAAGAGGUGACGGCGGCAACUUUGGAGGUGGUCGAGGAAGAGGAGGCGGCGAUGGAGGCUACGAUGGCGGUGGAAGAGGAGGAGGAAGAGGCGGGUUUGAUGGCGGUGAUCGAGGUGGCCGUGGUGGCUUCCGAGGUGGUGGAAGAGGCGACUUCCGCGGUGACUUCCGUGGCGGUGGAGGUGGAUUCCGUGGUGGUCGAGGUGGCUUCGAAGGUCCCAAGGUGUUCAGUACCGGCACAAUCUCUCAGCCUGACGCCGAGGUCACGAAACUUGAGAAUACCAUGAUCAGCAGUAGCCUGUCUACGGCUCUCGCGACCACUUCCUUGGGAGUGGCGUUCCCAAAACGCCCUGGUUAUGGUACAGCCGGCCGUGCAAUCGUAUUGUUUACGAACUACUUCGAGGUGAAGGGUGUCAAUGCUGAUACUGUCUUGUAUCGGUAUUCGCUUGCCUUUCAACCCGAUAACGAGAUUCCGAAGGGAAAGAAGCGUCGUUUGGUCGAGAUCCUUUUGAAGACCGAGCCGUUUGCUGGGCUUCCUGUCGCUACCGACUGGGCGCAGAUACUGAUUUCGCCGAAAAAGAUUCCACUGAAAGCGCAACGCACCGAGCAUUCGCUUGAAUGGUACCCUGCUGACGGAACUCCUCAUCCACCUCCAGCUGCAGGUGAAGCAGCUAACAUCACGGCAUCUCGUCAAAGGAACACCCACCAAGCUCUCAUUGAAGAGUUGGGCACUGUAUCCCUCAACGAUCUCUUGAGGGACGUUUCCCAGCCAGCGAACGUCUAUCCCUUGAAGCUGGAAACUAUCCAGGCUCUGAACGUGCUUAUGACUUACGCACCUAGCAGCGACCCGAAUCAUACGACUGCUGCCGGUAACAAGUUCUAUCCAUUUGCAGGACCACAACUCCAGAUCCAUGAUCUAGGGGGCGGAUUACAAGCGCUUCGCGGGUACUUCUCGAGCGUUCGCACUAGUGUGAAUCGAAUCCUCGUGAAUGUCAACGUUGCCACCGGCGCAUUCUACAGGUCUGGACCGCUUCUCGAUGCGAUGAGGGAGUUCACUGGUGGCUCUCCGCCGGCAAACGAACCGCAACAGCGGAAGGUGUCUGCCUUCUUUCGCAAGCUUAGAAUUGAGACCAAUUAUCUCCCUGAUAAAGACAAUAAGGGCAAGACCAAGCUGGACAAGAACAAUCGACCCAUGACCAAGCGUAAAGUCCACACGAUUUUCGAUUUCUCUCCACACGGAAAACACGCCGAAAACACUACGUUCAUGGAGACAGGGGCUAAUGGCGCAGUGACUCAAGUCUCUGUAGUGCAAUACUUCCAACGAAAGUACGGCAUACGACUAAAGUUUCCGCAGGCGCCAUUGGUCAACUAUGGCUCGAAGGAGGACAAGAAGUGGAUCCCAGCUGAGUUGUGUACCAUCUUGCCUGGCCAGCUAGCGAAACGUAUGUUGCUUGGGCCGCAGACGAGUGAAAUGAUCAGGUUUGCCGCUCGUCGGCCCCAUGAGAACGCCGAGUCUAUCAUGGGAAAUGGUCUCCAGGUCACCAAGAUCAACCCGAUAGCAAACGGUUUGAACACUCACUUGACUCCCUUCGGAAUCAAGGUCAAUCCCAAUUUGCUUACGGUUCCGGGCCGGAUUCUGCCUCCUCCACGUCUUCAGUACAGGGCGCAGUCGACCUGCAACCCGAGAAAUGGCGCGUGGAAUCUCGAUCCUCGCCAGCUUGGACAGAAGCCCUUCCGCGUUGCAAAGACACUGGGUCCCUGGAACACGCUCGUCAUCAACUCCGGUAAUCGCGACACCAUUUUUGGAGGUAUGCAGGCGGUCGUGCAACACCUGAACCAGUUCAGACAGGCUUUGGACGUUUACGGGUUGAGUCCUGGCCCAGUGCAGGAGCCCGUUGCAAUCAACGUUGCUUUCAAUGAUUUGCAGAACAAGAACGUUGCGAAGAUCCAAAACGAGAUUGCCGUCGCGCUCCGAACCAAGUUCAGGGCGAAGCCAAACUUCCUUUUCGUGAUCUUGCCCAGCGAUAAUGCCGUUCUGUAUGACUGCAUCAAGCAUGUCUGCGACGUUCAACUUGGUGUUCCCAAUAUUUGCAAUAUCGGCAGCAAGUUUUCGAAAGAAAAAGGCCAACAGCAAUACUUUGCAAACGUUGCCAUGAAGUUUAACCAGAAACUUGGAGGCGUCAACCACACUGUUGAGUUUAAAGCACCUCUUGAUGCGCAGACAAUCCUGUUUGGCAUCGACGUCACGCAUCCGUCACCGGGAAGCGCAGACUCUUCGCCGAGUAUUGCUGGCGUAGUUGCUUCGGUCGACGCUGUUUUCUCGCAAUACCCUGCGAGUAUGCGAGUGCAAGAGGGUCGCAAAGAGAUGGUCACUGAACUUCAGGAGAUGGUCGAGGAGCGCCUGAAGUUGUGGAGGGAUCGAAACAAGAAAUUGCCUACCAAGGUCAUCGUCUAUCGUGACGGUGUUUCCGAGGGUCAGUACAAGAUUGUUCUUGAACAAGAGUACCCUGCAUUCAAGAAGGCCUUCGACAAGUUGUACGGUGCCGAAAGCAAGCACCCAAAGAUAUCGAUCAUCGUUGUCGGCAAGCGCCACCACACGCGCUUCUACCCAACGAAAGAAGAAGAUACCGAUGGGAAGACGGGCAACCCACAGCCUGGUACUAUCGUCGACCGAGGUGUAACGGGCGAGAAGUUGUUCGACUUCUUCCUGCUCGCUCACCAGGGUCUCCAGGGCACGUCGAAGCCUGCCCACUACGUCGUACUCAAGGACGAUAACAAGCUGGGAGCCGACCAGCUUCAGCAACUGACGCACAGCCUUUGCUACACGUUUGCUCGUGCCACUCGAUCCGUCAGCAUCUGCCCUCCCGCCUAUUACGCCGACUUGCUCUGCGAGCGCGGCCGGUGCUACCUCCAGGGCGUACUCAAGGGUGAGGGCGCUGUGACGAUGGAUGCCAGCCAGUGGCAGGGGGGCGUGCACGCUGCUCUGAAAGACACGAUGUUCUACCUCUAG